AUGCCGGUACGGCAUGGGCAAUCGUCGUAUCGAGAUCGGACGGAUGAAUUCUUCGGUAUCGUUGAAAGGAUGAGGAGAUCAAUUGCUCCGGCGGCGAAUAAUGUGCCGUAUGUUAGUGGUAGAAGCGACGACGGGAGAAGAGAAGAUCCGAGAUCUGCCAUGAUUAACCAAUCGGAGUUUGGCAAGAGAGCUUCUAAGAUCGGUCUCGCUAUUUACCAGACAUCGCAGAAGCUAUCGAAGCUAGCUAAACUCGCAAAAAAGACAUCGGUUUUUGAUGAUCCCACCCAGGAGAUACAAGAGUUGACGGCCGUAAUCAAACAAGAGAUCUCUGCUCUAAAUACCGCUCUGCUCGACCUUCAAGUUGUUCAAAACUCCCAGAAUGAUGCAGUGAACAUCUCUAGAGAUGCAACUACUCACUCAGCAACAGUUGUCAACAAUCUAAAGAAUCGUCUGAUGGACACUACCAAAGAGCUUAAAGAUGUUCUUACCCUGAGAACUGAGAACAUGAAAAUCCAUGGAAAUCGAAGGCAACUUUUCUCUUCAAAAGAAUAA